AUCGGCUUGUCAGAUGUUUCGUUCGGUUAUUAAAGUCUAUCAUAGCAAUGACUCGCGCAUAUUUAGCGGAUUUGCGCGCAUAAUUUUUUACACUUGCGUUUGUCAUUCUUGAAACAGUAUACAUGGACGUUUGGUCCUCUUGGACAAACAAAACUUUUCUUCAAAUUGUAAAUGGAUUAUGUAGAGAAAAUGAGCAAAGGACACCCCUAUUACUGCACUACUGUCUAAAACAAGGAAGUAAUCCGUGCAUAUAGUCAAUUUGCAUUGUUACUAGUACGAAUUUAAUUAUAGAGCUCUCUAACUGAAUUGUUACUAGUAAUGUAAUUACGACGAGUAACACUGGGAACAUUUUAAGAUAAUACGGCUUGCCAUAUAGUUUGUCCUCAGUGAAGUUCCGUAGAAGCGAAAGUGAAAACGAAAUUUAUUUCUAGUUAUUUUUUUUUUUUUUUGUCGGUUUUAACUCAGAUUAUCCCAGUCCCAAACACAGGCUGAAAUGGACAUGCAUCGCUCAGUAAGAAAAAGUGAAUCUGGCAUAAAUUCCGACAUUUCAGGCCAACCAUAUUGCGUCUCAGUGUUGAAAGAGGGCUACUGCACAGCUGAACCAGACGGAACGUUUAGAGCUGACGGCACUAUUUCUUUAAUUACCGGACCACAAACUAUUCUAGUAGACACCGGGGGUCCGUGGGACCGAGACUUUCUUGUCGCAAAACUUAAGGAGAAGGAUCUGACACCAGAUAAUGUUGCUACAGUAGUCGGAACCCACGGUCACUCUGACCAUGUGGGGAACUUGGGGUUGUUUCCAAACGCCAAAAUAAUUGUGGGAUGUGAUAUAAGCGUGGGGGAUCGAUAUCUGCCGAACCAGCUGGCUGAGGGACAGCCAUACCCUAUUGAUGAUUUUGUAUCCGUCAUUCCCACUCCUGGCCACAUGGGUAGAGAUGUCAGUGUCCUGGUAAAGGGAACAUCAGAGGGAACGGUCCUUGUUGCUGGAGACUUGUUUGAACGUUGCCAUGAUGAAGAUUCAUGGAAGGAGCUGAGCGAGAAUCCUCAGAUACAAGAGACCAACCGACAGAUGGCGUUGCAGAUUGCUGAUGUGAUCAUUCCCGGACAUGGCCCAUUAUUUAGAGUGCACAGGGAAUAAUGGCACUGACGUAAUUCUGGACUUAAGAUCGAGUAAAUAGAGGGAUUAUGAAACCUUGACCAUAAAGAACACCUUAAAUCAUACCACCAGUCUGACGCAAAGGUUUUAAAAUUGCACCUUGGUUUUGGCUCAGAUUAUUACUGUAGGUGUGAAAUGAGAUUAGUUCAUUUAUCAGUGUUGACCAUGAUUUUACACUUCAGUCUUAGUGUUUUUCCGUUUACCUCUAUUGACUGCUCAAGGCAGUGACCUGCUUGCUUGAGUUAUUUUUAUCUUGAUUUUAGAUCAUAUGACAAAAGAUGGCUAUAGAGGAUAUGAUUGACGUCAGAUGUUGUAAUUUAGUUCUAAAUGAGGUCAAAGAUGGCACAUUCACUAAAUAGUCUAAGGAUGGACAUUUAUGUGUGCUAUCUUAAUUGUUUAUAAAUACACUUAAUAUAAAAUAAAGACACGAGGGGUGUUGCUGUGAAAUGUUUUGUACUUUUAAACAGUUAAAUGAAGUUAUUGAGAGUUGUAAUGAGCAAUUAAAAACCAUUUACAUGUUUUAAAUAGUUUUAAUCAGUGUUGGGGGUAACGCCUUACAAGUAACACGAGUUACGCAAUCAGAUUACUAUUUUCACAUAACUAGAGUAACGAAUUACUUUUUAAAUUACGAAAUUAGAUAUAUAAGAAAAUAUCUUUUAGAGUUACUUGUUCAAUAUGAGUAACGCCAGUUACUUUGUUUUCCCAUUCACUGACUGACAGCUCUCCUAUCCCCAUGUUGAGAAAAACUUAUGGGAGUAAGUGCAGAGGAAUUGUUUGGAUACUGUAGUUCUAGACUAAAUGUGAACAUGCAUUUACUCAUUUCACUUGAACAAAAACAGAAAAAUUUCUUUGCUGCUGAGCUUCAAUGAUCAAAUCCAAUCAUACUAAUAAGCAAAAAUCACUUUAGAUAAACUAACAUUUGUGCUUCAUUUUUUUUAAAUGCUGAAGAGUGUUGAACUCUCUUUCUUCUGCAUUCUGUUGUACAGACGUAAAUUUACAUUUUCCUUCAGCCUAAAGCUUAUUCAUUUCACUUUUUGGUGUGAAGGGUUUUUACAUUUACCAAAAAAUAUAACUGUUUUAAUUAACAAACAAGCAAGCCCAGCGCAGACUUUAAAAGUAAUACGAAAGUAAAGUAAUGCACUAAGUAAUGUAAUUAGUUACUUUUUUAGGGAGUAACGCAAUAUUGUAAUGCUUUACUUUUAAAAGUAACUUUCCCCAGCACUGCUUUUUAUGUGACCUAAAUGUUUAAUCAUUGCUUCGUACUAAAGCAUUAGCCAUAGCCCAUUAAAACAUGCUUAAUGAUGAUUUUGUCAAUAUAAAUUUUGUCAUCCUCAACCCAAAACUUCUUUUAGUGACCUCUAGCAUCAGCUUAAAGGGAUAGUUUACCCAAAAAUGAAAAUGACCAUGAUUUACCCUUAAGCCAGGUGUAUAUGACUUUUUUCUUUUAAAAAUACAAUCAGAGUUAUAUUAAAAAAAUGUCCUGGCUCUUCCAAGCUUUAUAAUGGCAGUGAAUAUAUUGGUCACAAUUUUAAAGUAAAAUAAAAAAUACUCCACAUGUCUCCAGGGGUCUAAUAAAGGUGUUCUGAGUGGAAUCGUUGUGUUUGUGUAAGAAUAACAUCGAUAUUUAAAACUUUAUAAACCAUAAUCUCUAGCUUUAGCUAACUGUUGUACGCACGUUCACUAGAAAGUGACGUUUAUUACGUACUUUAUUUUGCUUCAAAAUCUCAACAACCAUUCACUGCCUUUAUGAAGCUUGGAAGAGCCAGGGCAUUUCUAAUAUAACUCUGACUGUAUUUGUCUGAAGGAAAAAAGUCAUAUACACAUAGGAUGGCUUGAGGGUGAGUAAAUCAUGGGGUAAUUUUCAUUUUUGCGUGAACUGUCCCUUUAAAAAGUGAAUUCUUAUUCAAGGGUAUUCUGCUUUUAAAUGUUAUAGUAAGUGGUGACUGGCUGUGCUAUUGCUACAAGACAUUUUACAUUUUUUACGACAUCAUUAAGGUCAGGUAAAGUUCAUUAAUGUCAGAAGUUUCUCAUAGUGGUUAACCAGAGAAUGUGUGUUCGGUAAAGUCAUAGCACUCGUUUCAUUAUUAUCAUGGCAGCUUAUGUUGAUGAAGUAACUGUGUUGAGUGUUGUGGCAUACAAACCAAGAACCAGUGUGAACUUUAUUAAAUAAAGCAUAUUUGUUCUACUUUUCAGACUCUUCUUAUUAAGUAUUACUACAUAUUUGAAUUGGACUUGACACGCGGCUGUUUUGGACGUUUUUCCGCUAGUUUCAGUGCUGUCAUAACGAUACUGAAAGUAAAGUCUUUUUCCGUUAUCGAUACAUUCAUAUAUCUGUACCUUUAUCCAUUACCCAGCAGACCUCCAUCAGAGUUUCCGCUGUUGUUUUAUAGAUUUUUUGAUAAGAGAAGGUGUGAUCUGACUGUAGGUACAAUGAAAGGUUCAGAGUUCAAUAAAGAGCCACACGCAGGCCUGCACCUCCAGCAACUGAUAACAUUCACUGAUAUCAGGCAUCA